GUUAACUAUUUUAGAUGGUAGUGGUAAACAGAGUUUAUCUCGUUUGGCUGCUUCGAUAAGUUCAUUGGAUGUAUUUCAAAUUACAUUACGUAAAGGCUAUAGUAUUACCGAUUUAAAAACAGAUUUAUCUGCUUUGUAUAUUAAAGCUGGUCAAAAAGGAAUUGGAACUGUGUUUCUAAUGACUGAUUCACAAGUAGCUGAUGAAAACUUUUUGGUAUUAAUUAAUGAUAUGUUAGCAUCAGGAGAAAUACCCGGAUUAUUUGCCGAGGAUGCUGUAGAAGAAAUAACUGGUGCAAUAAGAAAUGAAGUGAAAUCACAAGGUAUUGAUGAUACAAGAGAAAAUAUUUGGAAAUAUUUUAUUGAAAAAGUGCGAAAAAAUUUAAAAAAUGAUAAACGUUAUAAUUAUACGACACCAAAAUCAUUUUUAGAACAAAUCACAUUGUAUAAAAAUCCGUUAGCGAAAAAAAGUCUUGAAUUACAAGAGAAAAUAAAUCGACUUGAGAGUGGUCUUGUAAAAUUGCAAUCUUGCGCAAGACAAGUUGAUGAUUUAAAAGAUAAACUAGCAGCUCAAGAAGUAGAAUUGAAACAAAAAAAUGAUGAUGCUGAUAAACUAAUUAAAGCUGCACGUGCUACGCCAGCAUUGAAAGCAGCUGAAGAAGCGUUAAAUACAUUAGACAAGAAUAAUUUGACUGAACUGAAAGCAUUUUCAAAUCCACCAGAAGCUGUUUUAAAAGUGGGUGCUGCAGUGAUGUGUCUAAUGCCGCCUGGUGGGAAAAUACCCAAACCAGCUCAGCGUGAUUGGAAAACUGUUAAAGCAAGUAUGGGAAGUGCUGAUCAAUUUCUUGAAUUUGAAUCGGAAAAAAUCAAAUCAAAAUCUGCCGCAGCAGCCGGAUUAUGUGCUUGGGUUAUUAAUAGUGUCAAAUUUUAUGAAGUUUAUUGUGAAGUUGAACCCAAACGACUAGCUCUAGAAAAAGCCAAUGCUGAAUUGAAAGCAGUCCGAGAUAAACUGGAGUUGAUCAAUAAACAAGUGGCGCAAUUAGAAGAAGCAUUAGCAAAACUAACAGCUGAAUAUGAUACAGCUAUGUCAGCUAAACAAAAAUGUCAAGAAGAAGCUGAUCGUACAUCAUAUACUAUAUCAUUAGCCAAUCGACUCGUCGGUGGAUUAGCAUCGGAAAAUGUUCGAUGGCGUGAAUCUGUUGCCGGUUAUCGUUUAUCUGAAGAUACGACACCCGGUGAUGUUUUGCUCAUAACAGCUUUUGUUUCCUAUAUGGGUUGUUUUACAAAAACAUAUCGUGUGGAUCUAAUGGAAAAUUAUUGGAGACCAAAAUUAUCCGAAUUAAAGGUAAGAUGA